AUGUCUCUUACUGCACAUUACAUUGAUGAGCAAUGGAUCUUGCAAAACAAAAUAUUAGCUUUGUCUCAUGUUUCACCCCCAUAUAGUGGGGCAAUUUUAGUAGAGAAGCUAUUUCAUUUACUGAAGGAGUGGGGCAUAGAAAAAAGAAUUUUCACUGUUACAUUGGAUAAUGCAUUAUAUAAUGAUGCUUUUAUGAAGAUUUUGAAAGACCAUCCUGCUUUAAAGGAGCAUUUUGUCUCCAAUGGUGAAUUUUUGCACGUACGAUGUUGUGCUCACAUUUUAAAUCUUGUUGUACAUGAUGGUUUAAAAAUAAUUGAUAAAUCUUUAUCCAAGUUUAGAGAAUGUAUUAAAUAUGUAAAGAGUCCUCCUGGAAGGAAGAAAAAAUUUACAGAGUGUAUCAAACAAACUUGUUCAGUUAGUGCAAAGAAAAUUCAACAAGAUGUGUCCAAUAGGUGGAAUUCCACCUUUUUAAUGUUGGAGAGUGUUUUACCUUUUCGUCGGGCAUUUGAGCAAUUGAAGGUAAUCGAUUCAAAUUUUACAUUUUGUCCAUCAACUGAAGAAUGGGUAAAGGCUGAAAAAAUAGCAAAGUUCUUGAAACCUUUUUAUGAAGUGUGCACUCUUUUUUCUGGAAGUAAAUACCCAACUUCUAACUUGUAUUUUGGUGGAGUUUGGAAGAUACAAAAAUGCAUAAAGGAAGAGAUGACAAGUGAAGAUGAAGACAUAAAAUCCAUGGCAAGUGAUAUGAAGAAAAAGUUUAAUAAAUAUUGGAAGUGUUAUAGCAAGAUUUUGUCCUUUGCAUGCGUCUUAGACCCCCGUUAUAAGGUGAAAUAUGUAGAGUUUUGUUUUCAAAAAGUGGGUCUUGGUUCUACUCAUGUGGUGACUCUCUUGGAUAAGUUAAAGCUUCUUUACAAAGAAUAUGAGAGAGCAUCAAAUGAUAUAUGCAUGGCCGGUAGUAGUUCGGAAGAGGCCUUUGGAGAUGUUCGUGAUGAUGAGAUGCUUGAGUUUGAACUAUUUGAGAGCCAAGUAGUUUCAGUCAGUAGGACCAAGUCUGAGUUAGAAGAGUAUUUAGAUGAAAAGAAACUUUCUUGGAAGAAAAAUUAG